GGCAAUGUUCCCCCGGGGACCUCCUUCGCGUAAACUUCGGAUAAAAGUAAAGAUCUGCGAACCAAAGUCUGGAACUUAAUGCUCUUCAUCAAGACAGCUCUUAUAGCCGUGCAGGGGGAACUCAUGGAGUUCCCGAGGGAUAGGCGACCAGCCUCUCCUUCGGCUGACUCUGUCACAUCCAUCGAGUCGGUAGGCGCGGCUAAUGCCCUGUCGGGUCUGGCUCCUCCACGAGAGCCCACAACGGUAGAGGGUUCCGAAUCAAUCAUCAACGUCUCGAAGCAGCUUGGGAAGGAAGUCAGGCUCAAAGUGGAUGCUGGACCCGGAUGUGGAGGUAUAGCCUGGCCCUCGGGUGAGGUCCUCUCACAGUACAUUGGUUACAGGUACGAAUGCGAUCCGUCUUAUCUCAAAGGCAAGAAGAUUCUGGAGCUGGGAUCAGGUACUGGCUUAGUAGGAAUAGCAGCUGGGAUCUUGGAACCCACGGCCGAAAUUUGGGUGACUGAUCAGAAACAGCUAUUGGACCUCAUGGAGCGCAAUGUCGAAUACAACGGCGUCAGCUCCAACGUUCAUGUGGACGAGCUCAAUUGGGGAGAGCAAAUCCCCGGGCACAUACCUGUGAACGAUCUGGACAUGAUUCUCGCUGCGGACUGCGUCUACUUCGAGCCUGCUUUUCCCCUCCUCGUACAGACGCUUUGCGAUCUGAUACCAAUAGGCAAGGAUAUUGAGAUGCUCUUCUGCUGGAAGAAGCGCAGAAAGGCUGACAAGAGGUUCUUUGCGCUGCUGAAGAAACAUUUUCACAGUGAACACAUUGAAGACGCCCGGCCAGGAGCCAAAGAGCAGUAUAGUCGCGAUGGCGUCAGCCUUCUUCAACUCAGACGCAUCAAAUGAUCCAGCAUAGCGUCU